AUGGAUAAAACUCUCGACGUUUCGAAUUUGUCUCCUGGCACUCAGGUCUAUAAGUGGACAAUCGACAAGAAAAUUGCACAGGGUGAUUUCAGCUAUAUUUAUGCGUGUAAUACACCAAACAACAUGCCUAAUAAUAAACAGUUUGCAUUGAAAUGUGAAAGUGCACAGAGUCCGUUGCAGAUGCUGAAAGUGGAGGCGUUUGUGUUGCAGAAGAUAUCUAAAAAGAACUCUCGUCAUUUCUGUGAUAUCGAAGAUAUUGGAAAGUUCCAGAACAUACAUUACAUUGUCAUGCAUAUGGUUGGAAGGGCUCUUGUGGACUACAUAAAGACAUCGAGCACUGGAACAAUCUCGGUCAACUGCGCCUUGAGUGUCGGAAUUCAAAUAGUCGAAGCCCUUGAAGACCUUCAUAUGUGUGGAUACAUUCAUCGAGAUCUCAAACCGUCGAACAUUUGUUUCGGACGGAAAGAUCGUGGAGAAGUCGGAAAAAUGUUUCUGUUGAGUUUUGGAAUUGCGAGAAAGUACAAUCAAAUCCGAAAGCCACGUGAGCACGUGGAAUUCCGUGGAACCGUAAGAUACGCCUCUCUGAAUUGCCAUCAAUUCCAGGAACUGAGCCGUAAAGAUGAUCUAGAAUCGACUCUUUAUGUUCUCGUUGAGAUGAUAACUGGAUAUCUUCCAUGGAAAGGACUUCCAGAUGUCCUAAAUGUUGUGAGAGUCAAACAGCAAAGUCGUCAGCAACCAGGCAUUUAUCAGUUCUUAAAAGGGGCGUGUCCAGUGGACGAGUUGAGAGAAAUGAUGAUGCUCAUUGAUUCAUACACUUAUUUCUCGAAUCCAGAUUAUACAAGUAUUUAUAAUAUUCUUCGCCGUGCAAUGCGUCGUAAUCCACAACCAGAACACCCGUAUGACUGGGAGCAGGGAGGGACAAACUCACUCUGUGAUUUGUGA